GGAGCUUAUUAUAUUUUGCCAUCUAUCAAAAUAACAUAAUUUACAAUCCAGAUUAAGUUAAUCAGGCAACGUCCCCAUCACACCUUCUUAAUUGUCAGAAAUUAAAAUUGAAAGUUCAGUUGCUUGUUUUAUUAUGCGUAAAAAAAAUAGAAAAAUAAAUAUUUGACCAAUUGACGACAAACCUUUAUAUUUAAAGUUUGAAUCGUAAUAUGAAAAUUACGAUAACUAAUGAUUAUGAAAGGUAUGUAUCUAUUCAGUGUAAUCAAGAUAUAACAUUUGGGGAAUUCAAGAUUCUGUGUGGAUCGGAAACAGAUAUUCAAAGGGAUAAUGUUUUGUUGAUGCAUAACAAUAUUUUACUUGAUAAUAUUAAUAAUCAAACAAAAUUGACUGAUAAAGGUAUUAAAAAUUGUGAUCUUAUUAUUGUGAUAGACAGACAAAAAAAAUUUCCAAAUACAAUUUCAGAAAUAGAUUUUUCAAACAUUCAAUUGCCUAAACCCUCAACAAGCUCAAAUUACAAAAUAUCAAAUGCUUCAACAUCUAAAAUUUCUGAUCCAAAUUUUAUUAACCUAUUGAAAACACAUUUUUUGAAUAAUCCCAAUGAAUUAGCUAUGUUACAACAAAGAAAUCCAGGUAUUGUUGAGGCACUAUUAAACAAUGAUUCGAAAAAGUUUAACUCCUUAAUACAAGAGUUCAUGCAACACUUUUCAUCUAAUGAGCAUCAAUCCAUGAUGUAUAUGAAUGAAGAUUCCCUAAAUCCUGAAAUGCAAGAAAAAAUAGCUAAAUUAAUUCAUCAAAAGAACAUUGACGUGAAUAUGGAAAUUGCUUUAGAACAUACUCCUGAGAGCUUUGGAAUUGUAAGCAUGUUGUACAUAAAUAUCAAAGUAAAUGACAUACCUAUCAAAGCUUUUGUUGACACGGGGGCACAAUCUACGCUCAUGUCUAAAGAAUGUGCAGAACGUUGCAAUUUAUUGAGAUUAGCUGAUAAAAGAUGGGCAGGAAUUGCUAAGGGCGUCGGUGUGCAAAAUAUUAUUGGCCGAAUUCACCUGACUCAAAUGGUCAUAGAAAACGCUCACAUUGCUUGUUCAUUUUCCAUCCUUGAAAAUCAGCCCAUGGACGUCCUCUUAGGCUUGGACAUUUUAAGGAGAUACCAAUGUGUCAUAGAUCUCAAAGAUAGCUUACUUAAAAUAACUACCUACGGGGUUAGUACACCAUUUUUGGCUGAAAGUGAGCUCCCGCUGUUUGCUCAGCAUUUAGACUUAGAUGAUGGUGGUAUUUGUGUCGGAGACAUUAAACAAGGAGCGCUUAAAUUGGAUAAAAUGGCCGUAAAUAGGUUGCCUAGUGAAAAUGCUAUUAAAUCAUUGACAGAUAUGGGAUUCUCAAGGGAAAUAGUCAUUAAGGAACUGAAAAAAUGUGAUGGAGAUAUUGAUCAAGCUGCUAAUAAUUUGUCAAAAUUUUUAUGAUUAUAAUUUAUAUAACAUUAUAUAUUUUAAUGAUAAUAUAAUUUUGGACCAUAUUAAAACAUUCGACACAAUUUCUUAACAAUGCAUUUUUGAGAAUCAUAAUUAUCAAGAUAAGGAUAUUGUUUUGAUUAUUUUAGUUUUUUCCUCUCUUCCCAUUUUAUCCCUUAAAACGUUAAAAUCAACCACAUCUAAAUUUUCGAGUUCUUGUUCCACUUUCUCCAGCUCGUUCAAAAUACGGUUUUUUCUUUCAAAAAAUUCAGAUCUCUUCGACUCUAACUCUUGUUUGUAUCCUUGCAUCUUGUCGUGUAUAAUGUCCCGAGCUCUUUCGUUAGCCUCUCUUAUAGCCUUGUUGAAAUAAGUUUCUCGUGGAGGGUAAACCGUUUUUUGCCAAGUUAUGCCUAAGGUGGCGCAAGUGUUUUGGUAACUUUCAAAAUUCGUUUUACGCAAAUGAGUUAACAUGUCUCGACGAGUACCGAUUUUUAAGUGGGUUUUCCAACGACAGUAUUUGUCCUAUAUAAUGGUUGAGAGAAAAUUAAAUUAUAUUUAUGGAUAAUAUAUUUAAUUAGAUGUUAAUGUACGACUAUGAUAUAAUUUUGAUAGGUUUUUUCAUCAAUAUCUAAAUAUAUUUUAUAAGCUAACCGAGCUGUAAGAAAUAAGUAGAAAGAAUAUAAAAAGGGAGGUUAUUUGGAUUUUAAAUUUGAAUUAGUGAUCUGCAUGAGGCCUAUGUUUUUAAGCCCCGAUCCCAAAUAAAAUAUUUUUUAUUCGCCUCAAAAAGCCUUACCCAAAAUAAAAAUUAUUUGUUGCCCUGCCCGAAUUUAUAUAAAUAUAGAAAAAUUUAACUUUUUUUUAUUGUAAAAAA